AUUGAUCUGGAAGUACGAGCGCUUUGGGACGCGAUGCGCUUGGAAUGCUGCCCGGAGGGAGGUGACUGUGGGCGUGGGGAGUGUGGAUUUUGUGGCGGACGGGGAUUUGUGGGCGGCCUGCGCUGGAGCGCUGCAUCCUGGAUGGCUGCUGGCGUUCCGGGCUCUGGGAUUCGUCUACUUUCUCCCGAUUCUCGUCUAUGAUCUUUGCUUCCACGGGGUUUUCUCCUAUCGCUUCUACACACAGUAGAAAAUGUGUGAAGCCUCCACUCAAGGCAUCAAUUUCUGUGUCCCUUGCAGGUGGACUUUCACUCUCACUGUCGUCUAUUUCGCGCUUGCGUCGCUGGUGAGUGCGAAAGGAAUGUUUUGCAAUCGUGGCCGAGAGACAGACACCGCCCAGAGUGUCUCGCUUCUCAAGGGAUCGCCGGAGGAAGCUGGUGUUUCAUCACCUGGUGCUUCGACAGCACCGGAAGAAACCAAUGCUGGAUGCCUGGGCUACUUGCUGCAAAUCUUGUUUCAGAUCUCAGCUCCAGCCGUGCUGCUCACGGAUGCGAUGUUUUGGCUCGUUCUUGUUCCACUCGUCAUACCAUCCGGAUUUCGAAACAACUUCCUCAACAUCAACGUUCAUGGAAUCAACGCCUUGUUUAUUCUGACAGAGUUCAUGGUGAACACCAUGCCUUUUCCAUGGUUUCGGUGCGCCUACUUCACCCUGUGGAGUGUUGCUUACACCCUCUUCUUGUGGAUAAUGCAUGCUACAGGCGUAAGCUGGUGGCCAUACCCCUUCUUGGACAUCACCACUGCUUCUGCACCAAUAUGGUACUCUGGCCUCAUUGUGCUACAUUUUGUCUCGUUUGGAGUUUGCUCGGUGCUGGGGGUGGCCAAGGAGCAGUUUUGCAGGCUGUGCUGCUGCCGAGCUGCUGCGAGGCCAGCCACCAGGACAAGAAGCAUCACCAAAACAUUCUCCUUGUAUUGAUUCGAUCUUUAUCAAGCAAAGGUUAGUGUUCCUAAA